AUGGAUGAGUUGAUUACUCGACGGUUAAUCUUAUUGGACGAAUUGGCAGAAAUCGAUGACACUAUCGCGAUUUAUCGCCAGCUCGCUAGAGAUAACGGAGACAAUGAUGAUUACGUCGGUCCGUCUCCCUCUUUCGUAGGUGACGGCAACGGCAACGGCAACGACGACGACGACAACAACAACGAUAUCCAAAUUUCGUUUGACUUCUCUGGUGAUAGAAUGGAUAUCUUCCCCGAGGGCCCAGGCUCUCCAAGCACUACCUCUGAUGACGAGGAUGUGGAGAUCAUCACGUCGUCACCCAAAGAACCUUCAAAGCUGUCACUUCGUGAGACCCCGUCAAUUGUAUACUGGCAAGGUUCGCGCCAGGACCCGAGGCUCAAGUCAGACCAGUGGCUUUGCGAAAAGCCCAAGGAGUCCUUCUCACGAGACUUCCUCCAGGAAAUCGGCACACAACGCUUAUGCAACACCCUACAUCCCAAGAUUUUUGUCAUUAUGCUCGUCCACCCCAGCGCUGCGAAUUGUCCUGCUAGCAAAGCCUGCGACCACUGGGAGUUGCGCUGGGAUGACAGACCCCGCCGAGAGCCCGGAACCCUUGAGCUGGAGCUGAUCUGCCUUGAUCGUCGUGAUCGCGGAGAUUUUAUCGACCUCCUUGGCAAGAAGUUGGUUCUACUUGAUAAGGACCAUCCUAUCCCCAUCAAAUGCGCCCCAUGUUUCUUGUUCAAUUCUCUGAAGCCUGACUUUAGUAGUCUGGAUGGAACUCAUCUUGAUGUGGUUUUGUUUCGGAUGCUUCAGCCUGAUGAUGGAGAGGACGAGAAUCCCGUUGAGGAACGGGAUGAGUCAGAAGGUAUCAAUCUUGAUUACCCCUGUGAAAAGAUUGGUUGGACCGAAGCUUAUCGGUACAUGGAUCGCUGUGGCCGUCGGCUCGUGACUUUGACAAAUGAGUGA